AUGUCAAUUUCUUCGCAGGUCGCCGCUCGCUGCUGCAGGCAGAUCGUCCGCCCAUCCGCCGCUUCUUUGCGCCUCUCUUCCUCGACAUACCUGUCUCAGCGGACACGGAGAUGGCAGUCCACCGAGGCGGAGGCUGCUGCCCCUGUCAAUCCCAAGAUCAGCCAGAUUGUUGACCAGAUCAGCACAUUGACGCUGCUGGAGACCGCCGACCUCGUGGCCACCCUCAAGACCCGCCUCAACAUCCCCGACCUCCCCGUUGGCGGUUUCGCCAUGGCCGGCGGUGCUGCUCCCGCCGCUGCUCCCGCCGAGGAGGAAGAGGCUGCUCCUGCCGCCCAGGAGAAGACCCUCUUCAACCUGAAACUCGAGUCCAUUGACGCCGCCUCCAAGGCCAAGGUCAUCAAGGAGAUCAAGUCCCUCCUCGGCCUCUCCCUGGUUGACAGCAAGAAGUUCGUCGAAUCUGUGCCCAAGGUCCUCAAGGAGUCCGUGCCCAAGGAGGACGCCGAGAAGAUCAUCGAGACGCUCAAGGCCGUCGGUGCCAAGGCCAUCAUGGAGUAA